AUGCCUGACAUUCUGGACGACAAGUCCGAGCACUGCAUCCCCUUCAUUCUCGAGCGCUUGGAGGCGCAUAGGGAGGCUCAUGAAGGUUCUACUCCGCCGCCGUUCUUUCUGGGCUUGAACGGGGUGCAGGGCGCUGGGAAAACCACUCUGGUCUCCACGCUCUGCAACACCCUCCGCUCCCCUCCCCACAAUCUACCCACCGUCGUCCUCUCCAUCGACGACCUCUACCUGCCACACGAUGCGCAAGUUACAUUGGCCCAAACCCAUCCCCUGAACCCUCUGGUUCAGCACCGCGGCCAACCCAGUACCCACGAUCUCCCUCUCGCGCUCACUUUGUUCGACGCGCUCAAGAACCGCAAGACGACCAAGAUCCCUGUGUACGACAAGUCUGCGUUCAGUGGCCAGGGAGACAGGGCAGAUGCGAGCACGUGGGAAGAGGCGAACAAGCCAGGUGAGGCGCCGAUAGAAGUUGUAGUGUUCGAGGGGUGGUGUGUUGGGUUCCGCCCUCUUGACGACGAGACGCUAGAGGCGAAGUGGGCGGAUGCGAAGAAGGCGGCGGAGGGAGAGGGGUAUCAGGGCCAGCUGGCGCGGCACAGACUGGAGGAUCUGGUGUUCGUAAAUGAAGCGCUGAAGGGGUACAAUGAGCUGACUGACUCUUUGAACGCUUUCGUCCAUAUCGACGCCGAGGAUACCAGAUACGUAUACGAUUGGCGACUGGAACAGGAAGCCGCCCUGCGGGCUUUGAAAGGCACCGGCAUGACUGACGAACAAGUCAUCAACUUUGUCAACGGAUAUUACCCUGCGUACGAGCUCUACACUGAGACGCUUCGAACAGGCAUUUUUGGUACGGACAAGAGGAGGCAGCUGAGGCUUGUAGUAGGGAAGGAUCGCAGGGUCAAGACUGUGCAUCGUAUCUAA